UCUGGCGGUCUAUUUGAAUUUACGGCAAAACGCGCUACUGAUGGUAUUACCCAAAAGAAGUUGGCCGUCUGGAUAAAGUCGUGCAUAUUUGGAUAUCUGUUGAACACACCUACUCGCUAGCUUGUUGCGAAAGUGUCGGAAACUUCCAGUGAAAUGAAACUUAAGGGUGUUAGCAGUUCUUCUCGAAGUCAACAGGCUGCCUUAAGGGAGAUCGGAAAUAAUUCAAAUGGUGUAAAGACAAGGAAGACUGACCCGACUUCACAAAGUUCCCUUUUCAGUGUAGAUGAGAAAGCUACUUCGAAGUUACAUCAACUGAUAAACUUCUCCUUGAUCUCGAAGUCCUUAAACUUAAGCCCUAUUCACUGGAAAUCCGUACCACAAUUACAUGGGAUCAAGCGCAAGCAUAACUCUGCUGUUUGUGGUGUUAUCAUAAAGAAGAGAAAGAGGAAUAGGAAGAUUGUCAAAGCUUCCCCGUCUGAAGAUACAUCAUUGGACAAAAAUAAAGAGGAAAAUAAGCUAAUCAAGUAUGCUGAAGCAAACGAAGUUCUGGAUCAACCUAAUAUACUUCAAAAUCUUGAAUCGAAAGGAGACAGUUGUCAGCCUCAAAUCGCGACAGAUGGCAAUUUAUCUGAGGAUUCAUGCACUACUGCUGCAGUCGGAAAGCGCCAGCGUCGUCUUACUGCCAAGGCUGCGGAAGCAAUGGCGGCGGAAACCUUAAGAAAGAAGCGUAGGACCCCAGUAGCAGGUUCGUAUGGCAAAGGAAAGGUGUUUUCAGAUGACGAACAACUAGGAUCAGAGAAUGAAAACAAAGCUGUAGGUGUGUCUAAAACAGUCACCAAAGUUGCUGCUACCAGUCCUAAAAAGUUAUUUGGUUUAAUUAGAAAAAGUUCACGAGAUCAUACUACACCGUUGCCAGACAAAGGUAAAUCUGGGCUAGACACAGAAAAUAAGCGUUUGGAUACUACUACAAGUGAAAUUUUACCUUCAUCUACACCUAUAGGAGAGGAAUAUAAUUCCUUGUCAGAAACUUGUAGCAACGUAACGCCGAUCCUGCCUGCCUCGCUAUCUAUCCUAGAUGAUAGUGAAACAAUCAAUGGUACUAAAGACGGAAGUCUUAGUGACACUGCAAUUGCAGAAGUAAUUGCCGAAGUUAAACCUUUAUCUGAUGAACAUGGUGACCGGAAAGAUAGUCAUCCAGGUGAUAUUCUUCAAAACCAUCUAGAAAAUAAACCUGUCCCAGUUCUUGAUGCAGAUCUAAAUCAGAACCAGGAGGUAUCGAGAGUAACUGAUAGGUCAUUUAGUGCCUCAAAGGAAUCAGAAGUCGGGAUUUCAAAUGAGGUUUCCGAUGAGUUAAGCAAUAAAGCAUUACAGGCCUCUGAAGAAUCACUGAUUCAGAAGGAUACUAUUGGUGAUACGAAGGAAUUUAAAAAUAAUGCCCAUAACGAUCAGCAGCAGCCUGAGAUGAAUAGUGAAACACAAGAGAAUACCGUGACCAGUUCAAUGGACGACUCUGCAAGCACACCACCAAUGAGAUCUGACGUUCAGAGUCCACCUGCUACCAAGGCAAGCAAAUCUAAGGCACAGAAGCGUAGUCCAUCCCCUGCAGAUGCUGCUGUUAUGCGAAGUAAACGUCGUCUGAAAGUCAACCAUCGUUUUAUAGAUGAUUAUGACGGCUACUUAGGUUUCAUGAGUGGUGGGCGUCGAAGUAGAGCGUCUUCUGAAGUAAGUAAUGGUUCCGAGGAAAGUAGUAGUCAAAAAUUGGAGCAAUCUGCUCGACAUUCACAAAGAGCUACGAAAUCUCGCUUGCUUUCUUGGUAUGAUAAAAAGCACUCAAAUGAAAAAGUGAAGAAAACCAAUUUGCUUGAAAAUUCAACUAAAUCUUCCUCUAAAGGAUACAAAUCAAAUGAUGAUCAUCAUGAUAACAGGCAAGAAGAAAAGUGCAGUAAUAGAUCGGUAACAGGCCUUAAGCCACGUGUCAAACAGGUCAGCCGGCUCUCUCUAAAUCGUGAAGACAGUCGUUACUCUUCAACUUUAUCUGCAAUGGUACACGCUGCUCGAUUGGCGGCGAUUGGCGCCAAAGUUCCCGGAGGUGUUAGUCCAGUACAUGCUGCUUUAGCUGCUUCCACUGCUUAUUCGAAUAGGAUGAAAGACAAGCAUCCUGACUCUCGUGUUAAUGGUCAAGGUGGAGUACCACAAGGUUCACUCUAUCCUACAAAACUUGGCGGUACCAGUCAAAAUACAGCUCACUUACCAAAGCGAUGUGGACAGUGCGAUGCCUGUUUGGGUCUUACACAACCCUGUGGAAAAUGUAAUGACUGUCGAUUGGUGAGUAGUAAUGAUCCACGAGGUAGACCCUGCAAGGAGCUGAUAUGCUUUAGACGUCGUGCUGCUGCUGCCGCCGCCGCUGCUUCCGCCACAGAGGUGGGUCUAAAGUCAGGUCCAAGGGUUAAAUUCCCGUCGAACCAUUCAUCACCAAGUCCCAAUACCAAUUUGCCUAUAUGUGGAUAUAAAGGCGCCUUAUCAACUAGUAAUACUAAUCAUGUCACUAGUAGGUAUUCUUCAAAUAAAUCUGAAGAUGGACUGGAUAAAUCUGUUAGCUUACUGCAAACCGUUCCAGGAUUAGCACAGAAACUGGAAUUAGAUGCUUGGUUAUCUUCAGAUAGUUCACAAAAACUGCAUGCCAACGGAGUAAAUAUUUCUUAUCGUAAGCAAAGACGUGCUGGUAAUAAUUUACACGUGGGUCCUGAAUUGCAAGUAACCCCCAUUCGAGGCGGAGAUAUGGGUAUGCAUUUCAAUUCAAAUAAUGAAGGUGAUGAGAAUGAAGAUUCUGAUCGUGUGCGACCUGUUGAAGGGGAAAUUAUCGAUAGUGAGUUAGCCAUACAAGGAGGCUAUCCAGUUGUAACUACUUCAGCUGCAGCUCCACCUAAGGAGAUCUGUUAUGUGUGUGGUAGUGGUGGUGGACAAAUGUUGUGUUGUGUAUCCUGUGCUGAGCCUUUUCAUUUUUAUUGUGUUGAACGUCAAUUCAGACCACGUAAAAAAGAAUAUUUUGUAUGUCGAAAUUGUACAACAUGUAAAGUCUGCCGUCGUCGAGCUGCUGAUUUGCGUUGUAUACACUGUUCCAGUGGUUAUCAUCCAGAUUGUUUAUCAGAUUUUCCACCAUCUCAAACUAGUCAAAGAGGGAGUUGGACUUGUCCAGAAUGUUCAGUUUGUCUGCAUUGUGGUGUUAAAGCAUGUAAACCAGCUGAAACCACUGAUGGUAGUGGUAGUACGUCUGUUUCAACAGUUCGAGGCAGUCAUACAGCCUGGUCACACGAAACAACCAAGUGUGCUGCAUGCAGUGAGGCUGAAUCUCGAGGUCAUGUUUGUCCAGAGUGUAAGCGGGUGUAUUUAUCAACCACCAAACAAAUGAUUCAGUGUGAUAGUUGCCGCCUUUGGAUGCAUAGAACUUGCACAAAGCUUACAGUUGAUGAAUAUGAAUUGAUUACCAGGAUUCCUGAUGGACAGUUGAGUAAAUUCGUUGUUACCUGUUCCGCAUGUCAAAAAGAACAAAGAUCUCAUCAAAAAUUCAAUGUUUCCCGUAAUAAUAAUAAUAAUAAUCCUAAUAAACAGAAUGACUUUGCACAACAAAGUACAACUGAUCUGAGUGAAGAUAGUGAGGAUAAUGAUGAAGCUGUGGAUUCUGCAGAUAGUGGUGCACAGCAAUUACGACUUUUAGCACAAGAAACACUUAUGGAAAGGAUGUCUGGUUUAAUACAAAGUUGUCGUAAAUCUAUUAGUAUUGACUACAAUGCUGGUACAUCAAUGAAUUCACCAUCUUCCGUUUUUUUCCAUAGUCCAACAGCUAGUUCUAUUGGGAAAUCUUCAGGAUUAUGGACUAAUGGAAUUAAUAAAGAUGAGCACACAACAACGGGACUGUGGGUUCCCCAGUCUGAUGGUGUGGUUGAGUCUGAUUCUGGAGACGAGCUGACUGCUGCAGUUGAAGCUGCUGCUUCCUUAUGGGAUCCUACAAUAGAGAUCUCUAAUCCUAUUUCUGCCAAUUCUGAUCAUUUAUCUUCAGUUACUAUAGACAGUCCCAUCCAUCCUGAUAAGACAUCAUGUGAAACUGUUCUUGACACUUUUAGUGCCUCAGGAAUUCCUUCAGAUACAGUCAGUGAGUUAUCCCAUUCAAUCUCACAACCUUUGCAAACAGAUAAUUCUUUGUUAACACCACCUGUGGAUUAUGUUAGAAACUUACAUAAUACAAUUGCAGAUGAAACAACACCUAUUUCCCAUAAUCAACCAUCUCAACUUACUGUUAAUACUUCAUUAUCUAAAAAUGAAUCUAACUUGGUACAUUCAGCUGCUUAUCCAAACCGUAGACGUUACAGUUCCUCGAGUUCAUCAAGUUCACGUCAAUUUGUUUUCCCAAAUCCACCAAUCAAUGCACACUGGCUUGUCGAUAAAGAAUCAGAGUCCAUCUGGACUACUCCUCGUUCGUUGCUUUAUCGUCUACUGAUAAGAAUUCUUCAACGUUUAUCUUUGCAUCCGGUCAGUUCUCCAACGGCUGUUGCAUUGAGAAGACUUCUUCGAUGGCUUUCCACUGUAACAGAGAGUCUCUUCCCAUGGCUUAGUAUUAAUGAAAUGGCUAGCGAUGUUCGUGAUGUUUUACGUCAACUUGAUGGUAAAUUCAGUGAAGUCAUGAAACAUUUCCAUGAGCGUGCUUUAAUUGAACUUCACGAAUUAAUUUGUCCAGUGAUAGCUAGACUGAAUGAAAAUUGUCCAUGUGUUCGAAAUCCAUCAUCUGGCCAAAUGGUUUCUAGUGUACAAAAUAUCACUGCAUGUUAUUCACGCAUUCAAGAACAUUUAAAAGAGCAUCAUCCAAAUUAUGAGUUGAAUGAUUCAACAGAAAUCAAUUCUUUAGAGUAUGCCAAACGAUAUUUGUCUGUAUGUAAACGUUCACGUUGUCAGCGUCCACAUGAAGUGGAAAUGUUAGAACAAAUGAAACAAACUGCUAGAGAUGAUCGAUGGAUUGAACAUUGGUCUUCAAUUGAAGAGAAAAUGGUCGUGGAAAAAUUUCAAACUCACUUACUAAAGUUGUACAAGUUACAUCUUCUGGAAUCCCAACAACUACCGGAAUCAAUUAUUCAAGCUAUCCUAGGUAAAAAGUGCGAAAUUCAGCCUAGUACUAGUCAGCCUUCUACUGCUAAUCUACAACAAAAUGAUUCUGAUGAUCGUGAAUCAACUCAAUGCGAUUCGGAAACUCCUGUAAAUAAUAAUAAUAAUACCGUCGAAUCAUCAUCAAAUCAAGAAAUCGUCAAUGAGUUGAAAGUGAAAACUGAAAACAUUGAUGAAGAUAUACCUGAUUCAAAUAUAGCUACACAAUCACAAUCUUUGGAAAAUGUUAAUGAUAAAAAACUACGCACUUAUUCACUUAGUGAUGCAGAACGUUUUUAUUUCGCUUUAGAGGAAUUCUGGAAUCAGGAUGAAUUAGUAAAGCAUAUUAUUUUUGGUAGUUUUGUUACAGUGCUUCAUUUUGUCGACAUGGAUAACGAUGUUGAUUUACACCUUAAGAUGUUUAAUGAUGUCCUGCAGGAACAAUUGAAUGAUAAUGAAGAUUUAAGGCGUUGUUUGUUAUGCGGUUACCAUGGAGACGAUAAUAUCGAAGGUCGUUUAUUGUAUACAGGAUCAGAUACUUGGGUCCAUGUGAAUUGUGCAUUAUGGUGUAAUGAUGUCUAUGAAGAAGAUUCUGGUGAGUUAAUUGGCUUAUCAGAUGCCAUCCGUCGAGGCCGUUCUAGCAAAUGUGCUGAUUGUGGCAAAUAUGGUGCCACUCUGUAUUGUUCAAAUAUGAAAACUGAUGUCUGCCCUCUAUCCAUAUUGGUCUCAUCAAAUGAUAACGAAUUAGAUUGUUUAGGAGCUGUACAUUUUUCCUGUGCCUUGAGACGACGCCCUCCGUUACCACGAUGCGUAUUUACUGCUGAUCGUUCUUGGUUCUGUUCUGAUGUGUGUCAUCAUACAGCCGUGAAUCGACGUCUAGCUGAAGCUUUACUUUCUUUGAAAAAGACAUCUAAGACAAAUCGUGAUCGGAAAUUUGGCUAUCCUGAAUCAUUGGAUGACCAGUCAUCUGAUGAAGAAAUGUCAGUUGAUGCAAUCGAUCCUGCUGAAUUCGUCGACCACCCGGCAUUCCCUUCAAUAGAACGAGCUGUUACUGAUGAUUUGGAGCCUAUUGGUCUGGGUGAUUUACUUGUUUGUCGUCGAGUAUUUGUUGCCUCUGAUUGUUUUGCUGCAUCCGUUUAUCCACAAUCGUUAAGUGGCGAUCUAAUUACAAAUGCUUUUCUUAUGAGUGAUGCAGAGCAUUCUGAAUUGAUGAGAGCAGCAAAAGAAGCUGUAACUAAACUUGCCGUCUCACCGUAUUCCCUUGCUUUCCUUCAAAAUAAUGGUCUUUCUGCAAAUAGUCUUGUCAUUACUAUAGGAGCUUUGCGAAUAGAUAGAUUAGGUGAAGUUCGAGAAGCAUCUGAUUCUUUGGCCAUGGCUAAAUGGAUUCCAGGAUCGUCUGAAGAACGUACUAAUAUCACAAGAAGUAAUUUCUUAUGUCCUAUAAAUUAUCGCGCAAGAAGAAUUUACUGGAGCUGUUCAAAACUUGAUUCUCGUGUUCCUUAUACUCUUCAUGUACGGCAAAACCAAGCAACACAUGCAUCGUCUGGUUAUAUGGAACCAAAUUCUACUCCACGUUUAUGUUCUAUUCUGAGCAGUAAUCCCAACAAAUCGAAUUCCUUAUUAAAAACGCCAAUAGUUAAUUCUACUAGCCAAACUUCAGGUCACAAGAAUCUUCGUCUAGUCUCUACUGAUAGCCGUGUAAACAUUCUGACACCAGUGAAUUAUAGAUCUCCACCGCAUACAUACACUUCAGGUAAUGUAAUUCAAAACAGUGUCAUCACUAGCAGUAAUAAUAAUAAUAGUAAUAACUAUUAUCAUCGUGUUAAAAACAAUACUAAUGCUUCGUCUUCAGUUCAAGAUGCUUCGAAAACUCUAACAGCUGUGUUGACUAACGCUCUGCCUAUAGUGACCUCUUCAGUCACACUCAUAAACACCAAUGAACCUACUGUUGUAAUGAGUCAUACUGGAGGUCAUAUUAUUAACAAUGCUACGUCUUAUUCAACGAUUGUACCAGUCAGCAAUAUCCAAUUUGUUAAUAGUUCUAUAAACACCAUUCCAACAAAUCAAAGGCAAAUGAUUCAGUCGCCUUUUGUAAAUAGUCAGAAUUCAUCUCUAAAAAUAGUAAAUACUGUCUCCCUUUGUGCUCAACCGAGUUCACAACAUAUUCAACAACAUCAGUUACCAACUCAGCAAUAUGUAGUCCCAAUUCAUAUUGCCUCUCAGACUCCAGGAAAGAUUACUAGCAAUGUGAUAACACUUAACAGUGGAAAUAAUAAAGAUUUGGGUUAUCGAAGGGGAGUCAAUCGAUUAAUAGCUCCUGCUAAUACACAAAUGAGAAUUAACAAUGUUAACAUGAUACCUGUUAAUAGACAUCAAUUACAAUCACAACAAAAUCACCAUAUACAAUUACAGCAAAUACAACAACAACAACAACCUCAUGUAAACACGUGUAUUGCGAAACCUAUCAUCUCACCAAAACCAUUUCCAUCAAAUAUAAUUCCAGUCUCAAAUUCAAUCAUCCCUGUACAUCCUCCUAGUGCUGUCACAUCCCAUUUCAGCACUGUAAAUUCUGUCCCAGUCAGUGUCAAUAUGAACAUAAAUAAACCUAUCGCUAUAUCUCAAAGUAAAAUAAAUAACUCCACAGUGAUACGUAUACAAGGUGUUCAUACUAAUCAAAGGCCUAGUGGAUUAUUAACUACACCAACUAAAGAUGUACAAUUAGCAACUCAGUUGGAUGGUUUAUUUCAAAACAUCUCUACUGUCAGAAGUCAGAAUAAUAAACCAAGGACUAGUGUGAUGCAGCAGUCGCAACCUCAACCUGGUUAUCGAUUACUUCCUCAAUUGGAUGGUACUGACAAUGAUAAUAAUGGGUCUGAUCAUGGAUCUAGUUCACUUCAUCGACGUUUGUAUAAAACCAGGUCAUCAUCUCUGGCAUCUGCUAGCAGUUCAUCGUCAUAUUCUGAUAGAGCUACUGUUUCUGGACGUAGUCGGUCACACUAUUUUGAUAAUCGUCUUGCUAAAAAUGAACUGUUGUGUAAAGCCAAUAAAACCAAUAGUACAGCCAGCAAUGUAUCUGUAUCUGCGAAACCAUUAAAACGACGAUGGGUAGAAGAUCGUAUUAGACAACAAGAAUUAGCUAAUUUAGUGUCAAAGGCUAAACAAGCCAACCAUGCUCGUCUCUAUCAGAAUGAAGUUGAAAAGCAUGCAAGAUCAUUUCGACUCAAUUUUUCAAUUGAUGGUGUUGUACGCUCAGCCAAUAAUCCAUUGGCUGCAUGGCGUUCCGUCCUAAUGCGUGUUUCAUCUCUGCGUGAAAAACAUGGUAUAAAACCGUUAAUUUGUACAGCUAUCGAUGGAUGGUCACAAUUCGGUCUAAGUCAUCGUUACGCAAUAUUUCUAAUUGAACAAAUGCGUGGGGCACUUCACUGUUAUCGGUAUAAAUUUCGAUAUCAUUGGCAAAAAAUUGACAGAUUACGUCAAAAGUUCACUCCUCCAGUCCCCUGUUCUGAAGGCUGUGCGCGUGCUGUUCCAUGGACUAAACCACGUCGCCCACUUGAUCAAGCUCGUGAUCCCCUUGAUUUUCUCCGCUGCAAAGCUAAUCCUCCUCCGCGGCCUUUAAUCGAUCCUGAGGCAGAAAAUGUACUCCCGUAUGAAGAUACAUGUCUUCCUAAUGUCAAUGAAUCACCUAAGUUAUUAUCGCCUAAUGAGCAAGCUGCUUGUCGAGAAGCUGCACGUCAAGCUGCCAUGUUAGUAGCAUCUCAACUGAAGCUACCUCAACGUUUGCGUAAAUCAUGUGUAGCUAAGGCUGUUGUACAGGCAACCGGUAUACCAUUACAAUCAUCACCUCCGAAGUCGUCAGCUAACAGUGAUGAAGCGGUUAAUUCUACUGAUCAGGUGUUUGGAUUAAGCUAUACAGAUGACGAAGACAGUUGCUCAGAAUCAUCGAAAUAUGAUGAUGGUGAAGAGGAGCCCGAAGAAGACGAGGAUAUGGGAACUGUUGCAAAUCAAUUCAGUAGACUGGUUUCAGGCCCAUUGGCUCGUUACUAUCAUGUAUCAGUACGUCCAUCUCGUAUACACGGUCGGGGAUUAUUUGCACUAAGAGAAUUUCGUGAAGAUGAAAUGGUUAUUGAAUAUACUGGCGAAUUAAUUCGUAGUGUUAUUUGUGAUGCACGUGAAAUAAAAUAUCGUGCAGCUGGUGUAGAUUGUUAUAUGUUUAGAAUAGAUCCAGAUUGGGUGAUUGAUGCUACAUACGCUGGAAAUGCUGCUCGAUUUAUUAAUCAUUCAUGUGAUCCUAAUUGUUAUGCUAAAGUUAUAUCAAUUGACGACAAGAAGCAUAUUGUUAUCUUAGCGCAAAGAAGGAUCUUUCCCGGUGAAGAAUUGACGUAUGAUUAUCGUUUUCCCAAGGAAUCUGAUAAAUUAAUUUGUAAUUGUGGGAGUUAUACGUGUAGAAAGUACUUAAAUUAAGAAGAGAAAAGGAAAAACAGUUUAUUUGGCAGCCUGUCUGUGUCAGUUUAUCGAUCUGUCUUUGUUAUAUUAUUAUUAUUUAUCUUCUGACUUUCUGAGUAUUUCACCCACUCGGGUUCCUGCUCCCCCCCUCCCCUCAGUAAAUUGAUCCUUUCAUACUGAACUUUCAGGAAAGGAAAUCAAAAUAGAAGAAGAUACAGUUGUGUUAAAUAUUAUAUAUACAUAUAUAUAUUUAUAUAAAAAUAGCAGUUUAUCUUUUGUGUACAAAAGUAAAGACUAGAUAGAUGACUUUUCUUUCUUUCUUUCCUUCUUUUUUGCUUUUAAUUUCUUUUGUUUUUUCAUACAGUUGUACUGAAUAAUAAAUACUAUUUAGUAGGCCAAGUAUCUAUAUGUGUUUAUGUAUGUAUGAGUGUGUAUGUAUCUGUGAAAAGAAAGAAUAUUUUGAUUUCUAUUGCAUUUUCCACUUGACUUUCUUUUGUUUUUUAAUAAGUACGAUUAUUAAAAUACUUAUUUCAUGAUGCUCUUCUUAUUUGACGUAUUGUUUAAUUUCUUUUUGGUGUAUCAUUAUUUUUAUGAUUACUGUCUUCUUUUUUUCUUUGUUUAUAAUAACAUACUACUUUUACUGUCAUGUUAGUAGUAGUAGUAGUAAUAAUAGUACCAAUGGUCGUCUCUGCCUUCUCUGUAUUUUACCCUCCUACUUCUCCUCCUAUUUGUUGUUAUUUGCUGACCACCACCAACCAACCUCCUGUAUAAACACUGAUUGAUCAGUUGCGUAGGUAUAUAUGUUGUAAUGAAUAUGUAUUAUAUUUAAAUCAUCUUGAUGGCGUAUAUUAGUUUAAAAUUACUUAUGGUCAUAUAUAUAAUAUACAUAUAAUGUGUUAUUCCUCCCCUUAUCUAUCUUUUUCUUUCUUUUGCUUUUUGUAAAAGAUGUGUAUAGAUGAAAUCUUUAAGUAUUUGUUCUUAUUUUCAUUCCAUUCUAUAUAUAUUAUCCUUAUCUAUCUUAUCUUACGUAUGUAUACGUAUCCUUUAGAGAAUAAGUUAACUGUCUAUUCAUUAUUCAUUGUUUAAUGUAUAUGCUUUUAAAUCACUUCAUAUAUAUAUAGGCAUAAUUGUAACAUUUUUUUCUAUGUGAUUAUUAUUAUUAUUAUUCAGAAUAAAUAAGUAAAGAGCAAAG